AUGGGGGGAGAGCCUCGGAAAUUUGCCCCAUGCCCGGCAGCAUCCCUCAGUAGAAAGGCAGUGGAAAGUCGUCAGCUGUCGCGACGCGAUGCAUUCGUUGCCAUGGCACUGGUCGGGGUGUGGCUCAACGGCGACGCGGUCCUCGCCAGCCGCUACUACAGCCACAAGCCCGUCCUCCCGCAGUACUACCUCAGUCGGCCGUAUGCAAAACGCCCCGCGGGAACAGCCGAGCCCAGCAGCGACCAGGAUUCGAGGCUGCCACAGGCCGAUGCCAGGAGCCUGGAGUUCUUUGCAGAGGAGCCUGAUUGCAACCCCAUCCCGAAGCGACCAGGCUGCUCUGCGGGCUGUGAGGACGCGCAGUCGCAUGCUGAGAUCAGUGCUGGAAGCUCAAAAGCCGGGGCGGCAGAGGGGCGGGCCGCCCAGGCGCUGAAGACAAAGAAGAGGAAGAGGGUGUCAAAGAAGCAGUACAUGCCCAACAGUAGGGAGCAGGAAGCCAACUGUCGACACGAAAAGCUCAAGCCUGUGCUGGAGAGGGCCUGGCAAAUAUUUUUCGCUGAGAUGAGGGAGGAAAUCGGGGCGCGUGGUUUGGGAAGCGUUGAGAGCCGGUGGCUGUGUGGCUCGCCUGGAUCCUUGGGAGAUCAAGACGGAAUGCAGGUUGUUAGCGCCCGCCAUGGAUUCACGCUUGGGAAAGAAUGUCUUCCAACAUCGACCCAGCGCAAGGUCGCCAUGACAAGGUCGGUAACCGGCGAGUCUAUUGGCCAGGAUGGUUAUUCAGUAAAACAGAAGAAUGUGCAGCAGGCUGUCACACGCCAUGAAUCUGGGCACAAACAAAAUGUGGAAAAGGGGGCUGGUGGCCACAAAAUCCAGAGAGGGUUGGAGGCAUGGGAACUGGGCAAAGAAUUUGCCACGCAGGAAAACUGGGUGCUUCUUGGGUCCAUGAAGUCCAUCAUCAAGCCUAAGCUGUGGAUUGGGAAUCGCCCAAGCAUUGGAGCAAGUGUGACCAGCAUUGCUGUGGGGGCUACAGGAGAAACUGCCAGUCCUCAGGACCUCUUUGACACCAUCCAUGAGGCUGCAGGAGAUGGGGACACGGAAUGUGUUGCACACAAUGCACGUGUGGUGCUGCCAGCCAGGAGUCGGUUCCUGAUGUCUGACAUCAAGCAAGUGGGAAAGAUCAUCCCUGAAAACGCAAAGGACUUGGAUGAUGCAGAAUUUGACGUGAUCGUUAUCGAUCCCCCUUGGGAGAACAGAAGUGCCUCUCGCAAGCAAGCCUACCAGUUGCUGCCGUGCAACAGAUUGCUUGGCCUUCCUGUGGGCAACCUUGCAAGAAAAGGUGGUGCAAUCGUUGCAUUGUGGACAACUAAUCGUGAGAGGCUCUUGCGAUUUGUGGAGGAUAGGCUGUUGCAGCAGUGGGGGCUGCGCACUCUUGCUCGUUGGUUCUGGCUAAAGGUUGCAGCAACUGGGGAGCUGGCAGCACCGUUGGAGUGCAACCAUCGGAGGCCAUAUGAGCAGAUAAUCAUAGCUACCAACAGUCCAGAAGGUGCAUUCUCUUGUCAUCUGCUGCCAGACAACUUUGUCGUCGUCUGCAUGCCAAGCUCCCAUUCUCGAAAGCCUCCCAUAGCUGAACUGCUGCAGCAAUUUCUGGGACCCCACCUUCGGUGUCUGGAAAUGUUUGCUCGCGAAUUGGUGCCGGGCUGGACGUCCUGGGGAAACGAGGUGCUCCACUUUCAGACUUUUGAUUGGUUUGAAUGA